AUGUCACAAGGUGGUGCUUAUCCACAUGUUGCUUCAUCCACACCACUUCUUCCUUUCUAUAUUCAACUCGGUUGGACAUUAUCAUCAGAUGAUGAUGUGUUUAUUGAUGGAAUUAAGUCAAUGCCCAACGCCCUACUCCAAGCAGCAAUUGAUGAUGACCAAGAUGUUGAUGAAUCAAAAGAGAUUCUCUAUCCAAAUUAUGCUCUUGCAGAUACACCUCUUGAACAAAUCUUCUACAAGCAGCAAAUGUUUUCGCAGAGAAAUUGUCGUCUUAAAUCUAAAUCAUGGUUAAGUCUGAGGCCUACGAAUUCAUCAUCAUUACAUUGGAAUUAUCAACGAGAAGGACCUGAUACAUGGCAACAUACAUUCAAUACAUGUAAAGGUAGAGCUCAAUCUCCUAUAAACAUUCGAACAUCGCGUGUUAAAUAUGAUCCAAAUCUUAAUCCACUUUCUUUAAAUGGUUUUACGAUAAAUGCAUCUUCAUAUGUAUGGAAUUUUACGCAUAAUGGACACACCAUAAUUGUAUAUCCACCAGCAUCAGCAAACUUUUCAAUAAGUGGCGCUAAUUUACCAGAAAGUUUUUCUUUAGUUCAAUUUCAUUUUCACUGGGGUUACAAUGCUUAUCAAGGUUCUGAACAUACAAUUGAUGGAAUAAAAUAUCCUUUAGAAAUACAUUUUGUACAUCAAGCUCAUUUUUCAGGUGCUUUAGCUGUUCUUGGUAUACUUUUCGAAUUACAACAUGAUGAUAAUCCAUAUAUCCAUGACUUAUUAUCAAUUCUAAAGCAAACUACAAAUAUAUCCAUAUCUAUUGAAAAGCAAAUCGAUAUAACUCCUCUGUUUCCUACACUCUCAUCACAUCGUUUUUAUCGUUACCAUGGUUCAUUAACUACUCCACCAUGUACAGAAGGUAUUACUUGGAUAAUAUUAGCAUCGACUGUACCAAUUUCAGCAUAUCAAUUAGAAGUAUUUGCUGGUAAUUCUGUGCCAUGGAAUUUUCGGCAGCCUCAAAAGUUGUAUUCACGUAAAGUUUUAACUAACUUUCAACCUGAAAAACAUGAAACUCCUCAAGAUGAAGAAGAUGAAAGUAUUCAUGGUUCUUCAGUACGUGUUCAAGAAGUGUCAAGACUUCUCUUAUCAUUUGUUCUGUUUGUAUUUCUGCUUGAAUAA